AUGAACAUUAUGCGAGCGCAACUACCGGCAGUGGCUGAUUUCGUGAACACGACAUUUGACGAAUUUGCAUUACUUAACCAGGAAGAGAAGUGGGCCGUAUUCCAAACAUUUCUCACUACACUCUGGACUAUGGAUUCGUUCUAUCGUACUUCCCGUCUGGUCCCUCCUGAGCUGUACAGUACCGUGAACAUUAUCACAGAAACGUUAUACAUGGAUGGAAAUCAAAUGACUCACUUCUUUGACGACGCUCCUCCCAGUAAAUUGAGCCGAGAGGAUCUACAGAAGUAA